CGGAGGAGCAGCCGCGGCGGCGGGGAGCGGAGCCGUCAUGGACGCUGUGGAGGACUGUGUGUGGCCGAGGGCCACGUCGGAGCUCAUCCUCCUGCCGGUCACGGGCCUGGAGUGCGUGGGGGACCGGCUGCUGGCGGGCGAGGGGCCUGAUGUGCUGGUGUACAGCCUGGACUUCGGCGGGCACCUGCGGAUGAUGAAGCGAGUGCAGAACCUGCUGGGCCACUAUCUGAUCCACGGCUUCCGGGUGCGGCCCGAGCCCAAAGGAGACACUGACUCGGAGGCCAUGAUCGCCGUGUUUGGGAGCAAGGGGCUCCGCAUCGUGAAGCUCAGCUGGGGUGAGAGCCGCUUCCGGGAGCUCUGGCGCUCGGGCUUGUGGACCAUGUCCGACUGGAUCUGGGACGUCCGCUGGCUCGAAGGCAACGUGGCCUUGGCGCUGGGCCACAACUCCGUGGUGCUCUACGACCCGGUGAUAGGAUGCAUGCUCCAGGAUGUGGCCUGCACCGACCGGUGCACGCUGUCGUCAGCCUGCCUGAUCGGGGACACCUGGAUGGAGCUGACCAUUGUCGCCGGGGCCGUCUCCAACCAGCUCCUGGUGUGGUACCCAGCCACCGCCCUCACGGAUGACAAGCCAGUGGCGCCCGACCGGCGGGUGAGCGGCCACGUCGGGGUGAUCUUCAGCAUGUCCUACUUGCAAAGCAAGGGCCUGCUGGCCACGGCCUCGGAAGACCGCAGCGUCCGGAUCUGGAAGGUGGGUGACCUGCGCGUGCCCGGGGGGCGGGUGCAGAACAUCGGCCACUGCUUCGGCCACAGCGCGCGCGUGUGGCAAGUCCGGCUCUUGGAGAAUUACCUCAUCAGCGCCGGGGAGGACUGUGUGUGCCUGGUGUGGAGCCACGAGGGGGAGAUCCUCCAGGCCUUUCGGGGCCACCAGGGCCGCGGCAUCCGAGCCAUCGCCGCGCACGAGAGGCAGGCGUGGGUGAUCACCGGGGGCGACGACUCCGGCAUCCGCCUCUGGCACCUGGUGGGGCGCGGGUACCCAGGCCUGGGCGUCUCGGCGCUCUCCUUCAAGUCUCCCAGCAGGUCGGGCGUCCUCAAAGCCGUCACCCUGGCCGGCUCCUGGCGACUGCUGGCCGUGACUGACCAAGGAGCCCUGUAUCUCUACGACCUGGAGGUCAAGUGCUGGGAGCAGCUGCUGGAGGAUCCCAACUUCCAGUCUUACUGCCUCCUGGAGGCGGCGCCCGGGCCCGAGGGCUUCGGCCUGUGCGCCAUGGCCAAUGGGGAGGGCCGCGUCAAGGUGGUCCCCAUCAACACCCCGACCGCCGCCGUGGACCGGACCCUGUUCCGCGGGAAGGUCCACAGCCUGAGCUGGGCCCUCCGAGGCUACGAGGAGCUGCUGCUGCUGGCCUCGGGCCCCGGCGGGGCGGUGGCCUGCCUGGAGAUCUCGGCCGCGCCGUCGGGCAAGACCAUCUACGUCAAGGAGCGCUGCCGGUACCAGCUGCCCCCGAGCAAGCAGCGCUGGCACACGUGCAGCGCCUUCCUGCCGCCCGGGGACUUCCUGGUGUGCGGGGACCGCCGGGGCUCCGUGCUGCUGUUCCCCGUGCGGCCCGGGCUGCCCCAGGACCCGCCGGCGGGCGGCGGGGCCGGGCCCGGGGCGCCGGGCGCGGGCGGCCAGCACGCGGCGGCCGGGUACGGCCCCGUGUCCACGCUGCACUCGCUGCACGGGAAGCAGGGGGUGACCUCGGUCACCUGCCACGGCGGCUACGUGUACACCACGGGCCGCGACGGCGCCUACUACCAGCUGUUCGUGCAGGGCGGCAAGCUGCAGCCGGUGCUGCGGCAGAAGGCGUGCCGGGGCAUGAACUGGGUGGCGGGGCUGCGCAUGGUGUCGGACGGCAGCACGGUCGUCCUGGGCUUCCACGCCAACGAGUUCGUGGUGUGGAGCCCGCGGUCGCACGAGAAGCUGCACAUCGUCAACUGCGGCGGCGGCCACCGCUCCUGGGCCUUCUCCGACACGGAGGCGGCCAUGGCCUUCGCCUUCCUCAAGGACGGGGACGUGAUGCUGUACCGGGCGCUGGGUGGCUGCACGCGGCCCCACGUGAUCCUGCGCGAGGGCCUGCACGGCCGGGAGAUCACGUGCGUCCGGCGGGUGGGCACCGUCACCCUGGGGCCCGAGUUCGAGGUGCCCGGCCUGGAGCCGCCGGACGACCUGGAGCCGGCGCGCGAGGGGCCCGGCCCCAUCGACAUCGUGGUCACCUGCAGCGAGGACACCACCGUCUGCGUGCUGGCGCUGCCCACCACCACCGGCUCCGCGCACGCGCUCACGUCCGUCUGCAACCACAUCUCCUCGGUGCGGAGUCUGGGCCUUAUGACUUACACCAGUAAUUCCAGCUACUUGCUCUUCCUUCUGCAGGACUCUGGGCGAAUUCUGCAGCUCCUGGCUGAAACGUUCCACCAUAAGCGAUGCGUCCUCAAGGUCCACUCGUUCACGCACGAGGCGCCAGACCAGCGGCGGCGGCUGCUCCUGUGCAGCGCAGCUACCGAUGGCAGCCUGGCCUUCUGGGACCUCACCACCGUGCUGGAGCCCCAGGGGCAGCCCGCCCUGCCCUUCGACCUAGGCGCGCCCUGCCUCACUGUCCAGGCCCACAGCAGCGGGGUCAACAGCCUGCACACGCUGCCCACGCCCGACGGUCGCCAUCUCGUGGCCAGUGGCAGUGAGGAUGGCUCUCUCCACAUCUUUGUGCUUGCUGUGGAGAUGCCAGAGCCUGGGGAGACUGAGACCAAGGACGAGGCCCAGCCGGUGCCCCGGCUGCGCGCCCUGGAGGAGUACUCGGUCCCUUGUGCGCAUGCGGCCCACGUGACUGGCCUUAAGCUCCUAAGCCCCAGCCUCAUGGUCUCGGCCUCCAUUGACCAGCGGCUGACCUUCUGGCGGCUAGGACACGGCGAGCCCACCUUCAUGAACAGCGCUGUGUACCACGUGCCAGACGUGGCGGACAUGGACUGCUGGCUUGUGAGCCCCGAGUUUGGUCACCGCUGUGCUCUUGGGGGCCAGGGGCUCGAGGUGUACAACUGGUAUGACUGAGGCAAGUAGGGCGCCUGCCCGCUGGGCAAGGGGUCUUGCAGGACGGCGGAAGUGGGGAUCGCCUGUCUGUGCCCAUGCCCAGCACACCUCCAGGAAGAGG